GUUCUUUUGAGGGUCUGUUGAUAAUGUUGGCAAUUACACGUGCUGGAAUUUUUACUCAAUUAGAUUAAUAUCUAGGUGUUAGAUUAACCAUAUCUUGUGCCAAUAUAUAUGUCUUAUGCAAUACGUUCAUUACAUUGUAUUCGAUGCGUUCGUUUUUGCAAACGUUGACUCCAGUUUGCAAGAAACUCAAGACUGCACCUAGUUGUGUUAGCUAGCAAUUACACCGGCUAGCUUCAAAGCUUGUUCCACCAGCCACUGUUCCGUGAGAUGCUUGAAAGUGUUCUUCGCCAAAAUUAGCGAGUUGGCUUGCGCUCUCUGUCGACUUCUAUAAAGCAGUGUUUUGCAUCUCUUUUGUCUAAUCUGAAUUAGUUCUGUAGUUUGAUAUUCUUUUAUCUUCAUAAAGUUCGUGUUCCAUCAUGGGAGCUUACUUGUCGCAGCCUAGUACGGUUAAAACAAGUGCCAAUGGAGGAAAUACCAGCAUAAGCUAUGGAUUUUCAGCCAUGCAGGGAUGGCGUAUCUCUAUGGAGGAUGCCCAUAAUUGUAUUCCAGAGCUGGAUGAUGAAACCGCUAUGUUUGCAGUCUAUGACGGCCAUGGAGGUGAGGAGGUUGCCCUGUAUUGCUCCAAGUACCUGCCAGAUAUAAUCAAGGAACAACAGGCCUACAAAGAUGGCAAACUUCAAAAGGCCCUGGAAGAUGCAUAUCUGGCCAUAGAUGGAAAGAUCACAACGGAGGAGGUGAUUAAGGAACUGGUUCAGAUAGCCGGCCGGCCUACGGAAGAUGCCGCCACUGACAAGGUGGCCGAUGAGGACGAUGUGGACAGAGAGGAAGCGGCCCUGCUUCACGAGGAGGCCACCAUGACCAUUGAGGAGCUGCUGGUCCGCUACGGCCAGGACCUGAGUGCUGCCAAGCACGCCAGGAAGUGCGGCGGGGGUGACGGCUGCAAGGGGGCGGCAGAGGGCAGCGAGGGGAAGGGCAUCAACGGGGAGGUAGAGAGCGAAGGGGCAGCAGGGGCUGAGAGCAAUGGCAAGGCCAACGCAGCAGCAGCAGCAGGAGGCUCCAAACUGCGAGCCUGCAGGAGGGCAGCUAUGGGCACUGCAGGGGACUCUGGGAGCUCCGGGUCUGGGUCUGGGUCAGGGUCGUCGUCCAGUCCAGACAAGGCGGGCAAAGCUGAGGGAGGCUCCGGCUCUACGGGGGAUGCCGGUCCCUCCUGCUCCGCGUCUGCCACCCAGCCACAAGGCGGCAGCACCAAGUCCAAGUUCUUCGAGGACAGCGGGGAGUCGGAAGAUGGCGAGGAUGAGGAGGAGGGCAGCGACGAAGAGGUGAGGACUGCCUCGCAUGCCUCGUUUAAUCUAGCCUGGCUGUACCAGACCACAUUACCGGACUGCAGUGAGGACGAUGAGGGAGAGGACAGUAGUGAGCUUGAUGACACGGAGGAUAUUGAGGAAGACUCUGAAGACGAAGAGGAAGACGAGGAUGAGGAGGAGAUGUGCCUACCUGGCAUGGAUGGCAAGGAGGAGCCUGGUUCAGACAGUGGGACCACCGCUGUGGUGGCUCUAAUCCGGGGCAAGCAGCUAAUUGUGGCCAACGCUGGUGACUCCCGCUGCGUGGUGUCAGAGAAGGGCAAGGCCAUCGACAUGUCCUACGACCACAAGCCCGAGGACGAGGUGGAACUGGCCAGGAUAAAGAACGCCGGAGGGAAAGUCACCAUGGACGGACGCGUCAACGGCGGACUCAACCUGUCCAGGGCCAUUGGCGAUCAUUUCUACAAGAGGAACAAGACUCUGCCUGCAGAGGAGCAGAUGAUCUCGGCUAUGCCAGACGUGAAGGUUUUGACCCUGAAUGAGGAGCACGACUUCAUGGUGAUUGCCUGCGAUGGAAUCUGGAAUGUGUUGAGCAGUCAGGAGGUGGUGGACUUCGUCAGCGAGAGAAUCAAGCCUAAAGACGGUGAACACCGGGCGCUGACCUCCAUCGUCGAAGAGCUUCUUGACCACUGCCUGGCUCCAGACACGUCGGGCGAUGGCACGGGCUGUGACAACAUGACGUGCAUGAUCGUCACCUUUUCCCCCUACGCUGGCAUGAACCAGGCCGAGGCCACCAAGAAGAGGAAGCCGGCGGACAUGGAGCCAGAGAAGAACGGCAACGACGCCAAGAAGUCGAAAAGUGAAUGAAGACGAGAUUCCUCCCCUCCCAAGAAACUGACUAUCAGAACUCUCGGACACCCUGCGAUGAAAAGGCUCCUAUAAGACGGUGACGUUGUCUGACAAGGGAUGUCGAUUUUAGUUAACCCCAGACUAAAAAAAAAAACAUGAAAAGGCCAACGUGCCAUUUUUUUCCUCUUUUUGGAAAUUGAAAAUCAUUUUGCUUCUCUGCCCAAUUUUCAACACCAUAAUAUUUGGAUAUGCUAAGCAGCCACCUAAGAUGAUGACAUGAUUCAGGUAGUAUGUGAAUUCUAGGAACCUUACAUGUUCUUUUCUGUAUAUAGUAUUUUCUCAGUCCCUGUCCUAAAGGGUUUUUAUUUGCCUUUUAUUGUGGCUCAAUGUGAGAUUUGGUGACUUCGACCACCAGUGUUUUAUGUUGGAAUGUGUUGUUUUUUUUCUUUUUCUUCUUCUUUGUUUUUUUUCUUGUUUGUUUUUUUAAAGACACAAAUGAGAUUUUGUCUUAUUUUACCAAGUUGGAACUUCAUGUAAAACACUGCACAAGUAUUUUGACUUCAUCCCAUCCUCUUUUUUAAUAAAAGAAAAGGAUACUGCA